AUGGACUUUGACAGCAAGCAGGUCGCUCCAACCAGAUCAGCAACUAACUUCGACAAUAAUUUCAGAUCGCAAUCAUUCUCAAGCAUAAAAAGAAAUGCAGGCUUUCAAGCUCAGUCCGAAGACAAGCUCGACGAGACGAGUUCAACCGCCUCACUCUCAACUACUAGCAAAGCCAUAAAAUGUCUGGUGUGUAAACGAGAGGAACUCGUACUCGAUCCUUUAUAUCGUUGUUCAAAAUGUUUAGCCCGAUGGCAUGCUAGUUGUCAUAAGCCACGUCCACCGGUUGGAGCUGACAUCACUGAUUGGUACUGCAAUCAUUGUAUUAGAAAACAUGGCCUACCACCAACAGAGUUUUCGCCAGAGAGGCAAUCGCUGGGCGGUGUGUGUGAGAUACCUGGAUGCAACAAGCAGAUUUACAGCAUGUUGGGUAAAACCAAAGAUGAUAGAGUCUUGUGUACUCUGCACGAGAUGACAGAGAAAAAUAAGAGGUCUAAGCUUGCUAGCAAAGCACAAAUAUCAGCCAUGUCAAGACCGGUCUCGAAACCCAUUAAAAAAACAAGACUUUACCCUGUCAAGUAUGACGAGGACAUGCAAGGAAUGAAGCGUAAACGAGGUAGAAAGCCUGGAGAUUUGAAUAAUAAACAAAUGCCUCCAAGUAGUUUUUCUGUUCAGUCAGUUUCCAAUGAUAAAUCAACCGCAAGACCUCAGGAGACUUCAAAUUCGGAGGGCCCGUUGUCGACUCUAGGACCGCGACCUCCCCGGGCUGAAAACUUGCCCCAUUCUCCCACAUCGAGGAAACUCCUUCAAUCACAAAUGAGAACAAGCAAAGCACCGAAUAUGGACGGUAGCCGGGAAGUACCUAAAAUUCCGAGUCGAACCAUAAUUCAAUCAACGUCAGAACUCCCAUCGUCGCCAGAGUAUGAGCCUCCACCGCCAGGUGAAGUCAAAGAUAAUAUUAGCUGUUCGCCAGAAUACGAACCACCGUCGCCAGAUAAAGUUGACGGUGAUGUCAAUAUUUGGCAAUCUGACGCGGAGCAACUCGACAUUGAACAGGACGAUAGCCCUGGCUCUCAAAUACAAGACGAGCUCAGAGUUUUGCAGAAAAUUGGACGACCGCUUGAAACAGUAUUAACCUCUACGGAGAAUCAGAAUCCUGAUAGCAAAGCUUCCCUCCUCGACAGAAACGAGGUUGUCGAGGAACAAUCCUCGGCAGCUUCUUCUACGAGCCCAUUUCUAACAAUUCCUUUGAUCAGGAAGCCAUUAAAGCCUAUAUCACCAAAGUCUAAUCUAGAUACCACAGCUCAAAACAUGCAGUUCCUUAACCCAGAAAGUGAAAACUGCGACGUCUUAUGUCCAGCUCAGAAGCAAAAAGCUGAAACUAUGGUUGCAAGAAAGAUAGCUCCGUCUAAGCAAGUACUUCAUCAAAAAAUCACCAAUAAUGCAAUGAAUCAGUUUAUACCUCUCCAGCCCACCGAAAAUUCUCGGGAGUUGGAGUCUACGGUUUCAGAAUUAUACCAGGAGGGACCGAACCAGGAGAGAUCGAACCAACAGAGUCCGAAUCAGCAAGAGCCGAAGCACUCUGCGCCACUUUAUGGCGAUUACAAGCCCAACACUAUCGAGUAUCAACGUCAAUUGCGCUGCUUAACAUAUGAUCCCAGCGUUCUUGAUCAUUAUCUAGAUCUACAAAAAGAAUCACAGGCUAGGGCUGAGGUUGAAAAAGAACAGAACAUUAUGCCCCAAUCAGAUAACGCCGCCGAAAUGCAAAUCUGGGGUAAUAUUGAUCCUAGAGUCGUCUGGCCAAAAGAACAAUCUGAGAGUUGGUACGAGGCUAAACGCAAAGAAAUCGACGCACGGGGUGGAAAGAAAGCGAAUUUCGGGAUAUUACUUACGGCACAAGUGAGAAAGGAGAGAGCUGAUAGGGGUUGGCAUCUUAAUCAGAACAAAGAAUAUGUUCCCAAGACGGACAGAAAAGGUGGUUCGAUCUUUGUGGGAGAUGAUGAUAGUCGAGACGAUAUCCAAUUGGCGAUUAGGGGUGGAAAGUUAGGAGUUCUUGUACCGGUGACAGGAAGGGACGGGAAAAAAACUUCGAAAAAGCAAUUUCUCCCAAAAGAUAUUUGA